AUGUCGUCCCGACCCGGGCGCGACGACGCGGGGGCAGGGGGCGCGCGGCGGCCGCGGGAGCCUCCGGAGCAGGAGCUGCAGCGACGCCGGGAGCAGAGGCGGCGGCGGCACGACGCGCAGCAGCUGCAGCAGCUCAAGCACCUGGAGUCCUUUUAUGAAAAACCUCCUCCUGGACUUAUCAAGGAAGAUGAGACUAAGCCAGAAGACUGUAUACCAGAUGUCCCAGGCAAUGAACAUGCCAGGGAAUUUCUGGCCCACGCACCAACCAAAGGACUUUGGAUGCCACUGGGGAAAGAAGUCAAAGUCAUGCAGUGUUGGCGUUGUAAACGGUAUGGUCACCGAACGGGCGACAAAGAAUGCCCUUUCUUUAUCAAAGGCAACCAAAAGUUAGAACAGUUCAGAGUAGCACAUGAAGAUCCCAUGUACGACAUCAUUCGAGAGAAUAAAAGACAUGAAAAGGAUGUAAGGAUACAACAGUUAAAACAGUUACUGGAGGAUUCAACAUCAGAUGAAGAUGGGAGCAACUCCAGUUCCUCAGAAUGUAAAGAGAAACACAAGAAAAAGAAGAAGAAAGAGAAGCAUAAGAAAAAGAAGAAAGAAAAGAAAAAGAAGAAAAAACGAAAGCAUAAGUCUUCCAAGUCAAAUGAGAGUUCAGACUCAGAAUGACAAGAGCUUGACUUGUUCAACAUUCUCUUCUCAAAAAUCAAACACUGUGGCCAAAGAUCAGAGGAAUGUGGAAUCAGAGAGGAAUAGGAGAGAGAGACACCAAGAGAGGAGGAGAUUUGGUGUCAACAUGUGUGAAUUCUCACCUACCUUCCAGUAAAGAUGUGACCCCCAGGAGAGUGAGUUGUAUUUUGCCAGGUGCUAGCUCUGGACAGCGGCUGAUUUCAGGCUGGAAAGCUUUUCUCAUUGUUCUCCUCCUUGCUGAUCACUGUGGGUCCUGAUUCCUUAGAAAUGCCUCUGGCAGGGUGGCCAGACUAAGGGAAUCUCUGAGGAAGCUCCUCCAGGUGCUGCCGCAGCUUCCACCCUCCAUGGUGGGGCUACUUAAUGCCCUUAGAUUUCAGGCUUGACUUUCCUCUGUUGUCGAGGAUAAUAAAAGCUCGUUAUUUAUUUUUUAAA